AUGCAGCCGGAAGAUGCCGGGGAAGGGGUGACGGUGCCCUCCCAGGUUGGCGAUGACGCGCUCGGAAUCGUCCCCGUCGACGAGUACGAGACGGUGUUUUCGUUUCCAACCGUCGGAAAGGACUCUGAGCUGUGUGUUACGCGAUGUCACGGGUUCUGGCUGACAUUUUACGUGGACGAUACUCGCUCUGUCAGUGGCCAAGGCCCGCGAGCGAACAAAACCAAGUACGCCAGGAGCAUGCGAGCUUUCAAGGUGCGAGCUUCCAAGCGCGAUCCGCCGAAGUUUUUCGUAUCGACACCGCCUGCGGGAUUGUUCUCACAUCGAGAUAUCGUUUGGCAAUGUGAUGUUCAGUGGCCUUACGAGAAAAGCGCGAGUAAUUGGCUGCACGCCGUGAUCCCGGCGGAGAGGUUGCUAGAUUUCCGACGCGGCGUGCAGUGCGACGCCGCCACAGAGUUCCGCGUUUAUUCUAGAUACAAGAAAGGGAGGGGAACAAACAGCGUGGGGUCAUUAUACACGAAUAUAACCAUCUGGCAUUGCUUUUGUGGUCCUGAAGACCAUUCGGUUGAUGCCAAGGAAAAGUUUGCCAAGCUCUGCAGCGGGAAGGCGAAGCGCAUCUCGAGAAAGGUGGGCUGUCAAUGUCGUUUAGGGUUUAGGGUUUAG